CCGGGGAAGAAUGACUGAGGGGCUACCUAGCGCGGGCGGCCGGCCAGGAGCCCGGGCAGAAGCAAGGGGGCGGGGUUGAGGGGGGCGGGCCCGGGCGCGGGGAGUGAAAGCGAAAGCGCAGGCGGCGCGAGAGCAGAGAGCCGAGAGCUAGGGAGAGGAGCAGCUCGGCAGCAGCAUGGCCAAGCCCGGUGGGGUACGCCUGAGCGGGGAAGCCCGCAAACAGGUGGAUGUCUUCAGGCAAAGUCUUUUCCAGGAGGCCGAGGAAUUACUCUCCAGCUUCUUGCCCCAGAAAAUCAUACACCUGAAUCAGCUUUUGCAGGAAGACUCCCUCAACGUGGCCGACUUGACCUCUCUCCGGGCCCCCUUGGACAUCCCCAUACCAGAUCCACCCCCUAAGGAUGAUGAGAUGGAAACAGAUAAACCAGAGAAGAAAGAAGUCCCUAAGUGUGGCUUUCUCCCGGGGAAUGAGAAGAUUCUGGCACUCCUUGCCGUGGUUAAGCCUGAGGUCUGGACUCUGAAAGAGAAGUGCAUUCUGGUGAUCACAUGGAUUCAGCAUCUGAUCCCCAAGAUUGAAGAUGGAAAUGACUUUGGGGUGGCAAUCCAGGAGAAGGUAUUGGAGAGGGUGAAUGCUGUCAAAACCAAAGCAGAAGGCUUCCAGACGACCAUUUCCAAGUAUUUCUCAGAACGUGGGGAUGCUGUUGCCAAGGCCUCUAAGGAUACCUAUGUAAUGGAUUAUCGGGCCCUGGUGCAUGAGCGAGACGAGGCGGCCUAUGGGGCACUCAGGGCCAUGAUGCUGGACCUCAGGACCUUCUAUGCUGAGCUUUAUCAUAUCAUCAGCUGCAACCUGGAGAAAAUCGUAAAUCCAAAAGGUGAAGAGAAGCCAUCUAUGUAUUGAGCCCAGGGUUAGAAGGGAAAUAAAUGACCUAUACAUUGUA